CUUUCACGUAGAUGUCCUUUGAAGAACGAGGAGAGUGAGGAUGACUAAAAAAAUCCACAAUAAGAUCUCUGCAUUAAACAAAGUUCAGUCAGGGAGAGACCCAAUCCCAGUGAAGAGGGUUGCACUGCGGCAGGACACAGUCAGUGUAAACUUGAGCCUUUGGAGGGAGGCAGCCAUCACAGACCUCAACAUUGGGGACCGAGUCCAGUUCUCACACGUGAAGGCCUGCACCACUGAUUAUGGACUACAGCUCCAAACCACCAACUACACUAAGAUUGAGAAGCCAAAAGACACAAGUGUCAUCGCUUUUAUCAUUAGUGUGACAGAGAUGGACAUGAGGAAGGAAAUCGUUGAAGUACUUCUUGAAAGUGGAGAAGUACUGGAGAUGGAUGAAGCCACAUGGCAGCUAUUUGAUGAGGAGCUCAAAAAAGGAAAGAUAGAGGUUAAAAUAGAUACUGUGAGUCUGAACAUUCCAUGCAAUACACACGAAUGUAAAAGUCUGAGAAGGGCUGAAAAUUUCAUAAAACUUCAUGUGAUUGUGUAAAAACUGUAAAAAGCUGAACACAAGUUUAAUAGCUGAAAGUCUUGUGACCCGUUUAAAGCUGAAAUGAAGUCUCUAGCUGAAAGUAUGUGGAAUUAGUUGAAUGUCAAAGUGGGGUGGGUUGAAGAGGAUUUGAACAUUCCGUCCAUUCAUUUCAACGGCAGAAAUUUUUUGGAAAAAGCUGAAUAUUUUAAAAAGUAUAAAAGGUAUAAAAAAAGCUGAAUACAAGCAUAAAUGUCCUUAAAGAGCUGAACAUGUUGAUAUUUGAAUGGUUGAAAUAGCUGAAAUUAUGGAGGAGUUGAAAGGUUGCGAAAAACGUAUGGAAGAAGAAAAAGAACUAGAAAAUGCAUUUCCUGCAGAAAAUGAGUGUGAAUGCUGACAGCUGAAAUGAAUCGCAAAAAAUUGCUGCAUAAAAGUACUUAAAGAGCUGAAUAUUUUGAUAUUUGAAUGGUUGAAAUAGCUGAAAGUAUGAAAGAGGUGAAAGGUUGCGAAAAAAACUGCAUAAAAGUACUUAAAGAGCUGAAUAUUUUGAUGUUUGAAUGGUUGAAAUAGCUGAAAGUAUGAAAGAAGUGAAAGAUUCCGAAAAACUGCAUAAAAGUACUUAAAGAGCUGAAUAUAUUGAUAUUUGAAUGGUUAACCAUUCAAAUAUCAGAUAGCAACUGACUCUGGACCGGGUCUGCCUCCAAACCGGCAGAUCCGUGUUACAAUCUCUCCGGUUUUACGUCCCUGUGCCAGAUACGGACCGCAUACAGGCUGAUGAGUGGGCGUGUCAGUCAGACUCGCAAUCAGUCAGCAGAGUCAAAGUAGUUACGGGCCAGAAUCGUGGAAACGAGCGCGUUUCCUUUUGUUCAGUCGUAUCAGACCGGACCAGGGAGAAGCAGGAGACCGUUGGCGGCUUUUCUUCCAGCCCUGGAAAAUUAUUUAUAAACGGUUCAGGUUCCCCCAGAGUGCCGCGGAUAAGUAGGGUAAGUUUUUUUUUUUUUUUUUCCUGCUUUGAUUUCCCCAUCAUUACAGUAAUUUUCAAAUCCAGGCUAUAAGUUAGUUAAAGUUUUGUAAUCUUAUUGGAUAAGUAACGUAAAGAAGUUAAAAAUUUCAUCUUAAGUUAGCUGUAAUUCAUUGUAUGAUCGCUGUGUAAUAAGUUGUGUAAUGUGCUGCAAUAUGUAUUACCACUGAAAAGCAUAUUGUAUUUGGUUGUUCAUUUAGUUGUUGUGACUAGCUAAGAGAGAGGUUCACUCACCUCUGUACUUGUAACGUUAGUCAAUUUGUUCGUGGUGUUGUGUUGAAUUGCUCUGGCACAGACUGAACAAAAAUUAAACUUCAUGGCCACUGGUUUCACAGCAGUAACCUGCGUGUGGCGAUUCUGAUGUGAACACAGUGUAAAUGCAUUAUGUUACUCAUAAACUUACAGUACAUGACAUUUUAAGCUUAAGUACAGUUGAUCGGUGUGCAAUACUGAGCAUUUUGAAAUUUGAAUGGAGUUUGUACUGUAUACAGGUGCUGUUAUAAAUAAAAUGGGACUGAAUGGGCCUCCAUGGACAUUAAUACAUUAUAUAAUUCACAAACUACACGUCAUCUUUAUGAGCUCAAGUAGAGUUAAAUAGUGUGCAAUAAUGAGUAUUUUGAAAUUUGAAUGGAGUUGGUAACAAAUAACAAAUUUCAUAUUUAGGCUAAGCUUUUUAUUACCAAGUGUUUUCUGUCACAUGUCUGUCAGGGGUUAGUGCAAUUUUACAGAUUAAGUUAUGUAAAACUGUGAUGAGGUUCAUGAUAUAUUAGUACACUGAGAUAGCUGGUAGAGGUAGCUUGUUCUUUUUAAUUUGCCCCACUUUUUGUCUUGUUUCUGCUGGCUUUGCACAUACAACCAUUUGGGGUUGGUUUCACAAACAAAUAGUUUGACUAUGGCUUAGAGCAAACUAAUAGUCACACUUCAGAUAGACUUCUAAAUUCAUAUGUUGCACAAAGCUGUUUAGUUCUUAAUUGUUUUAAGAUGGACUAAUUUGCUAUUGAAUCUGGGUAAAUUUAGACUUUUUUGAAACUAAAUAACAUGACUGAUUAUUGAGCAACCCUGUCAAACCACUCAGCUCUGUUCACUCCAGUAGAAAAUAUUUGUCUUCUGGAAGAAUUUAAAGUUACAAGGACAAUUGACUGUGAAAAUUCUGUGAAGAUUGCAACAAUACAAAAAAGUUACAGUAGCAUAAAUUCUCAAGGCGGUGUAAAUCCAUAGCAGAGGUGAGCUGCUGUGGCAGGGAUCAGAACCUCUUCCAACUCGCCAGACUCAGGAUAGUUUUCAAAUGAAAAUGACUGAUGAUGUCCACACUGCUGUAUAUUUCCAACAGGUUACUAAACUCUCUAAAAACUCUUUCCCUCCUCAUUGGUCACUUCACAAAAAUGUUAACAAACCAAAAUUUAUGACACAUAUUUUCCUCUUUUUUGUCAUGUGGUGCCACUGGUCAGAAGUUGUCACUGAUUGUUACCAUGGAAACACUGGUCUGUUACCAUGGGUCUUAGUUCUGAGUUAGCCUUGGGAUAGGGUGUAGGGGUGUGUAAUGUAAAUAAAAAUACAUUAUUCGGCAAAGCACAAAUAGUGUUUUCUAGAGGUCUAUAAAUUAAAUAUUGGUUG